AUGGAUGAACUUCCAUUUAGGUUUGUUGAAGGGAGGGAUUCUAAACAGUUUGUUGAAGCUGCAUGCCCUAGAUUUAAGAUUCCUUCUAGAUGGAUAGUUAAUAGGGAUAUAUUUAGUAUUUACUUGGAAGAGAAGACAAACCUUAAGAAAUUGUUUAAGUCAAACACGCAGCGCAUUAGUUUGACUACUGAUACUUGGACAUCUGUUCAAAGAAUCAAUUAUAUGUGUGUCACUGCAUAUCUUAUUGAUGAUGAGUGGAAACUAAAUAAAAAGGUUAUCUCAUUUGUGCUUAUACAUUCACAUAAAGGGGAAAGUAUAUCUAAGGCGAUAGAGAGUUAUUUGCUUGAUUGGGGAGUAAAAAAUAUUUUCACCAUCACAGUUGAUAAUGCAUCAAGCAAUGAUAUUGCCAUUGGGUUCAUGAAGAAGAAGGUGAGGGGUUCUCCAUCUAGGUUGAAGAAGUUUAGAGAGCUUGCAGAAUUGCUUGAAGUGGAAGAGAAAAGUUCUUUAUGUCUUGAGGUUCCAACUAGAUGGAACUCCACUUAUAUGAUGCUUCGAACCGCAAUAGCUUAUAAACAAGUUUUUGAAACGUAUGAGAGUAGUGACACCGUGUUCACUUUGGAUUUGGGUGAUUCGGUGCCUUCAUAUCUUGAUUGGUUAUCUGUUGACAGCUUGGUCAUAUUUUUUAAGACAUUUUAUGAGAUGACAAUCAGAAUUUCUGACUCACUUUAUGUCACCUCAAAUUCUUUCUUAACCGAGAUUUCAAAUUUGAGUUGCAUUAUUGCCGAUGUGUUACAAUCUAAGUCGAAAGUUGAAGAGGAAAUGGGUGGUAAAAUAAAAGAGAAGUUUAGUAAAUAUUGGGGUGAUCCGGAUAAGAUGAACUUCAUUACAUUUUUUGGCAAUAUAUUGGACACAGAGACAAGGGUUUCAUAUCCUUUCAAAAUUGGCUAUGUACUUGUUGUUUCAAUUUCAACUGUGGCAUCUGAGUCGACUUUUAGUACUAGUGGCAGGGUCUUAGAUAAUUUUAGGAGUUGUCUAUUUCCUAAAAUGGUAGAAGCUUUUAUAUGUACACAAGACUGGCUAAAAGGCCCUAGUCAGCCAAUUGUAGUUGAAGAAAACAUAGAUGAUAUUGAAAAGUUUGAGAAAGAAAUGAUAAAUAUGAGAAUUGGAAGUUCAAGUUCUGUCACUGACCAUAAGGAUUCUCUUCCAGUUCCAACAGUUGAUGUAGAUGAUCUAGAGCUAGAUGAUGUAUUGUAG